CUUGGUAUCGGAUCACAAGGGGAAAAAAAACAACAGGUAUCGCGAGUCUGUUGUCACCCCGGAAGAGAAUUCAAACUAUUUAGCGAUCACAUGGAGCUACAGAUUAGCCAGCCACCCAGAUGAACAUCAAGUGGCUUUCGGCUAACGUAGUGCUCUUGAACGCCUCCCUAACAAGCAUGGCUCUUCUGACAGACCAGGAUAGUGACGGUGCUGGUGUACGAAGGUUGUCGGAUUCUCCUGUCUGAUGGGUGUCGACGGAGACGUUUUCCAUUUAUUCGCCUGUAUGAGUGUGGGAACCCACAGUCUUCUCCACCUGCAGCCAGGACACGAUCAAGAUGGAUCCGUCCGAUCAGAAGCACUUCAGUGUUGUAGACUAUGUGAUAUUUGCCAUCUUACUCACGGCCUCUCUGGGCAUCGGCCUGUAUUACGCUCUGUCUGGGGGGCGUCAGCGAACGACACAGGAGUUCUUGAUGGCGGACCGGAGCAUGGGCUGUCUUCCCGUUUCCCUGUCGCUCAUCGCCUCGUUCCAGUCGGCCGUGGCGAUCAUCGGCGUGCCGGCAGAGAUCUACACUCACGGUACUCAGUACUGGUUCAUCGGCGUUGCCUACAUUCUGGGCCUCCUCAUUCCAGCCCACGUUUUCAUUCCAGUUUUGUACAAACUGCGUCUGUCCAGUGCUUACCAGUACCUUGAGCUGCGUUUCAGCAAAGCGGUGCGAAUCUGUGGAACUUUGACCUUCAUUUUUCAAAUGGUUAUCUAUAUGGGAGUUUGCGUCUACACUCCUGCCUUUGCACUAAAUGCAGUUACUGGAUUUGAAUUGUGGGGAGUUGUGCUGGCCACUGGACUAGUGUGUACGUUGUACACAACAAUGGGCGGCUUGAAGGCCGUCAUCUGGACUGACGUCUUUCAGACGGUUGUGAUGUUCGCAGGGCAGCUGGCUGUCAUUGUGGUGGGAGUUCAGAAGACCGGAGGAGUGUCUGAAGUCUGGAGGAAAGUCUGGGAGGGAAACCGCAUCUCUGGAAUCGACCUAAACCCAGAUCCUACAGAGAGACACACAUUCUGGACUCUUAGCGUUGGCGGGAUCUUCCUCAUGCUGUCCCUGUACGGGGUGAACCAGGCUCAGGUCCAGAGGUACCUCAGCGCUCGCACAGAGAAAGAGGCUGUCAGGUCCUGCUAUAUGGUGUUUCCGUCCCUGCAGCUCGCUCUGGCUCUGAGCUGUGUGAUGGGGCUGGUUAUGUUCGCACGCUACUGCGGAGAAGACCUCUCCGACCAGCUGGGCAGCAUUUCAAGGGACGCUAUGGUGAUCUACUUUGUGAUGGACAUGCUGCAAGGCCUGCCUGGACUUCCUGGACUGUUUGUCGCGUGUUUAUUCAGUGCUGCACUCAGCACCAUCUCCUCCGCCUUUAACUCUUUGGCUACUGUGACUAUGGAAGACCUCAUCAAACCCCAUUUCCCCAACAUGACUGAGGCGAGAGCAACGUUGCUGUCCAAAGCUUUAGCUGUAUCCUACGGGCUGGUGUGUCUGGCCAUGGCCUACCUCACUCACCUCAUGGGCGACUCGGUUUUACAGGUGGCUCUGAAAAUCUUCGGCUUGGUGGGCGGUCCCAUCCUCGGCCUGUUUUGCCUCGGGAUGUUCUUCCCCUGCGCCAACUCCACCGGAGCGUUGGUGGGUCUGGCCUCAGGCCUGGCGGUGUCUUUCUGGAUUGGCAUCGGGAGCAUCGUCACACCUAGCUCCGGCACGACACUGCUGCCCCCCGACUGUAGAGUAAACACGACCGGUGCCUUUCAGACUGUGCUCAGCAACGUCACUAUGAGCCGACCCUCUGGACUGAAGAGAUUUUAUUCCCUGUCCUACAUGUGGUACAGUGCAUUCAACUGCUUCACGGUUAUUCUCGUCGGACUGAUCAUCACCUUUCUCACAGGCCCUAUGAAGGAAGAAGAUGUGGCCCCGGGAACUAUCUUUCCGUUGUAUUGUUUUCUACCUGAACAGCUCAAAAAGAAGCUCUGCUGUGUGACUUCUCUGGGACAGACGAUUCCAACACAAGAACAACCCUCUCCAGAGCAGAAAGAAAAUAAUGGACAGGCUUUCCCGCAACAGAACGGACCAUCUCAGGGGGAGACGGACAGCUGCCUUCCUGGAGCUCGCACAACUUUUGUUGAGUACGAAACAGCGGUGUGAAGUUAAACUGAGUGAUUUGAUGAAAUUAUGGAAAUCAUUCUUGAGCAAAGUACGUGGACUUAAAAUAAAUGUGUAUGUGUUUGAGGAAGGGUGUAACUCGGGUGCUGAAGCGAGGUCAUGAUAACGGAUUCUUCAACAAAAGACUGAGAUAGUCUUGCCUGAUUAUUGCACCCAGCGGUCAUCCGGUCUAGAUGUGAUUCACAAUCAUUUGUUUGUUUUUUUCCGCUAUGAUGUUUCUAUAUAACACUGCACUACACCCUUAAGAGGAUCAGUGAUUGUCCAGGAAGAAAAAUGUUUUAUACCAUUAUUUUCUACUUGACUUUAGCACUACUGCAGAUGCACGAACAAUCCUGUGAGAUUAUAUUGACACUUGUUAAGAAUGUAUGGGCGACUGUAAUGCAGCUAAAACUCUGUAAACGAUUAAAGUUUUUUUUUUUUAAA